CUUUCGAUUGCACCUAAGAUGGCGUGAUAGUUGUAGCUGUUUGUGUAGUAUUAUUUUAGCAAGUUAUAAAGCAACAGGCUAUAUAACGGCAAUUUUAUUUUUUUUUUUAGAUUCAAAGCAUACCUACAACUUACCGAGUUACAUUGCUCUCGCUAAAAGUGUCAUCGCUUAGUUUCGUAUUGAAAGAAAGACAUAUUUACAAUUCCACGGAAAACAACGACUGUUGGUAUAUUGCAUUAACCGACGAUCAAAAAAGUAAGCCAGUGGAGGACUGUGGUAACAAAUACCACUGUGUGUGUUUAUCUAUUAGACACGCGAAACAAAACUAUUCCUGAUGAACAACUUUCAGGGUAUGCAGCCGCCGAGGGCACCUAUUCGAAUAUUCGACUUGGGACAUAAACGACAUUUGGGAUUGAUUACAUCGUACGAAUACAAUCGUCUUUCGUCUUUGUACUGCUUAUAUAAAAUGCGUUUCGAAUGGGAAAAACCAUCUGCACCUGCUGCCCCGGAAAACGAAGAAACCAAGGGCUACAAUCAAAUCACCAGCAUUGAAAUAGCUCCAAAAAACAACCAAUUUGUGGGUGUUUUGACCAAAGACAGCGUUUUUGCCAUUUACGACAUACAAACAAAUCCAAAGGUGUACCAGACAAUUUUGAGCAAACGCAUUCCCCACGACGACGCUAAGUUUUACGUGCCACCGAAUUCAGUACACUGGCUUGGGAACUGCAACUCGUGCACGAUCGGCACUAGACACAGUAUACAGUUUUGGGAUUGCACAGCAGAAAAACCUUCGAUUAUAGUGAAAAUGAACACUAAAGUAUUCAAUCAUGUGAUUUCUACAUCAUAUGAAGACACAACAGCCAACGACUACGUUGCCGUUUCGGGAAACAGAGGAAAUGUGUUCCUAAUCGAUUCACGCGCUGGUUGUGCCGUAACAGAGUCGCAAACCGACGACCGAAGACCCAUACGAACUAUAGAAUGGCAUCCGACCAACAACCUGCAAUACGCUAUCGGUAACGAUAAUGGCAACAUACAGUUGUGGGACAUUCGUCAUCAAAAUAACAGCGUGCUCAAGUUCACUGACGACGAGUAUUUUGACCGAGUUCCUUUGUUUAAGCCACAGAUUACCGGGUUGAGGUUUUACAACAACGGAGCUAGUAUUUUGUCGGUUGACAUAAAUGGAGAUGUCCUGUCUUGGGACGUCGGUAGUGGUCGCAUACAGCAGAAAAACUACGAUCGCGUGCCAAUGUGUAAUCUCAAUCGGAAUACUUUCUACAAGGAAUUCCAGUUCUCGACAACGAAAAAUCUCAAACAAGACAUAGCGUUCAUGCCGUCCGAAUGGGGAUUGUACACUUUCGAUAUAAACACCGGCAAUAAAAUACAUGCAAUAGAUAACCAUUGCAGCAUCAUCUGUACAACGUACGACCCGAGAACGUUGCGCGUGUACGGAAGUACUGACAAUUUCAUCAUGUCUUGGGCACCGCGUCCGCCAUCCACCGACGAAGUAGUCGCUUAAGUGUUAACUGCCGUCUACUGAAUUAUAUCCAAGCUAAAAAAAACAAAGUAAAUGAUAAUGUAUAAUAAGACGUUUGCUUUAGUGUGUUCUCUUCCAUGUUUUAAGUCGCAUUUGAAUAAUACCAAGUCCAAGGCUUCACUACUACCUACUAUUAUAUUUUUUACCGCCAAUUAAUUGUCACUACCAUCUUUUACACGGUUUAUUAAACUCGUGUCUUACCUUAAUACACAGCAAUUAUUAUAAUAUAUAGGUACCUACCAAUUUUUUAUUUGCUUACAAAUGAAUACCAUUGAACUGUUUUGUUAUGUAAUAAAAUUAUUUAAUUUCUUCAUGAUCUCGUGGUCUUGUACUUGGAUAUUAUUUUAUUUUUAAUAAAGUAAGAUUGUCUAGGUAGCCGAGUGGACCUUAAUAUCUAAAUAUUACAGUUGUCAGAGGGGAGUUUAAUAAAGUAAGAAUGAUAAGAGUGUUCAGAAAACUACAAUAUAGAGUAGGUCUAAACUGGCUAUAAAUUUUAACUUCUUAAGAGUUUUCUAUCCAAAUAUAUGUUUUUUUUGGAUACGCUAGUAGUAUAUGUAUUAGAAUAUAGUGUAAAAGCCAAGUUAACUAUA